GCGCAAGGCGCAUGCGCGCGGGCGAUUCGGCGCCUGACAGGAGGAAAAGCGCCCGGCAGCGCGGCGGCGAGGGAAGGCCGGGCAGAGUCCGCCGCGGAGAAGAGAGGCCCGGCCAUGAAGUCCCGCUUCAGCACGGUCGAUAUCCGGGCGGUGAUAGCCGAGCUGCGCCAGAGCUUGUUGGGAAUGAGGGUAAACAACGUUUACGAUGUGGACAAUAAGACAUACCUUAUUCGCCUUCAGAAGCCAGACCUCAAGGCUACGCUUCUCCUGGAAUCUGGCAUAAGAAUUCACACAACAGAGUUUGAGUGGCCCAAGAACAUGAUGCCAUCUGGCUUUGCAAUGAAGUGUCGCAAGCAUCUGAAGACCAGAAGGCUUGUGAGUGUGAACCAGCUAGGCGUCGACAGGAUAGUCGAUUUCCAGUUUGGGAGCGACGAAGCCGCCUACCAUCUGAUUAUAGAGUUGUACGACAGGGGCAACAUUGUUCUUACUGACCACGAAUACCUAAUACUGAACAUCCUGAGGUUUCGCACGGAUGAAGCAGAUGAUGUCAAGUUUGCAGUGCGGGAACACUACCCGGUCGAUAACGCCAAAGCAGCAGCACCGUUGCCCAGUUUGGAAAGGUUGACAGAAAUAAUAGCCAGUGCACCGAAAGGGGAUCAGCUAAAGAGAGUCCUAAAUCCUCACCUUCCUUAUGGAGCGACACUUAUCGAGCACUGCCUGAUGGAAGCUGGAAUUUCCAGUAACGCCAAAGCAGAACAGAUAGAAGGGAAAGAUGUCGAAAAGGUGCUGGCUGCGCUGCAGAAAGCAGAAGAAUAUAUGGCGAUCACAGACAACUUUAACGGCAAGGGUUAUAUCAUUCAGAAGAGGGAGAAAAAGCCAAGUCUGGAACCCAACAAGCCUCCAGAAGAAAUCCUCACAUAUGAGGAAUUUCACCCUUUCUUGUUUUCACAACACACAAGAUGUCCGUACGUGGAGUUUGACUCUUUCAACAAGGCAGUGGAUGAAUUUUACUCCAAGCUGGAAGGACAGAAGAUAGACCUGAAGGCAUUGCAGCAGGAGAAACAAGCACUAAAGAAGCUGGAAAAUGUUCGGAAGGACCAUGAGCACCGGCUUGAAGCUCUCCAUCAAGCUCAGGAAAUUGACAAGGUGAAAGGGGAGCUUGUGGAAAUGAACCUGGAGAUAGUUGACCGAGCCAUCCAGGUGGUCCGGAGCGCCUUAGCCAACCAGAUUGACUGGACAGAGAUUGGCGCUAUCGUCAAAGAAGCCCAGGCCCAAGGGGACCCCGUGGCAAGCGCCAUCAAAGAGCUGAAGUUGCAGACCAACCACAUCACGAUGCUCCUGAAGAACCCUUACAUGCUCUCAGAAGAGGAGGAGGAAGCUGAAGAGGAGGUGGCGGAAGAGCCGCAUAGUGGGAGGAAGCAGAAGAAGAAAGCCAAGCCGCUUCCCAAGCCCCAGAAGAACAAGCCCCUGCUGGUGGACUUGGAUCUCAGCUUGUCUGCUUAUGCCAAUGCCAAGAAGUAUUACGAUCACAAGAGGCAUGCAGCCAGAAAAACCCAGAAAACGGUGGAAGCUGCGGAGAAGGCCUUCAAAUCAGCGGAAAAGAAGACCAAGCAAACACUGAAAGAAGUUCAAACGGUUUCCACUAUUCAGAAGGCGAGGAAGGUGUUCUGGUUUGAGAAAUUCCUGUGGUUCAUUAGCUCUGAAAAUUACCUUGUUAUAGCUGGAAGAGACCAGCAGCAAAAUGAAAUGAUCGUCAAGAGAUACCUGCGGCCAGGCGACAUCUACGUGCACGCUGACCUCCACGGAGCAACCAGUUGUGUCAUAAAGAAUCCAACAGGGGAGCCCAUCCCUCCACGGACGCUCACCGAGGCCGGCACGAUGGCCCUGUGCUACAGCGCUGCCUGGGACGCCCGGGUCAUCACUAGUGCCUGGUGGGUGUAUCACCAUCAGGUGUCUAAAACGGCCCCCACUGGAGAAUACCUGACAACUGGAAGCUUCAUGGUCAGAGGGAAAAAGAAUUUCCUCCCUCCUUCCUAUCUGAUGAUGGGCUUCAGCUUCUUAUUUAAGGUGGACGAAUCCUGCGUGUGGCGGCACAAAGGGGAGCGGAAGGUCAAAGUGCAAGACGAGGACAUGGAGACGGUGACCAGCAGCACCAGUGAACUGGCGGAGGAAGAGAUGGAGCCCUUAGACGCACCGGAAGGAGACGAAAGCAGCAGCAGCGAUGGCGAAAAGGAGAAGGCUGAGGAUGAGGAAGAUCCGGCUGAGACCCCCCACCAGGAGGGAGAUGGGGAUGGGGCAGGGCAUGUCCUGGCUCCAGAAGGAUCGUCCGACGAGGAGUAUGCAGACUCAGAGGAGGAGGAGGGCAAAGGAACUCAGGCCUCGGAAGACAUACGUUUUCCCGACACGACCAUUGACCUCUCGCACCUGCAGUCCCAAAGAUCACAGCUAAAACCUGCUCCAAAGGAGGACGUCUCAAGCUUGAGCGACAGCAAGUCUCAGGGCCGGAGGCACCUCUCAGCCAAGGAGCGGAGGGAAAUGAAGAAGAGGAAGCCAAGUGACCCAGAGGAUCCAGACCCGCCCAAGGGGAAGGAAGAGGACGACGGCCCUCAGCUCCCAGCGCCUCCUCCCAGCGCCGGCAAGAAUGCAGCAGCGGCCCAGCAGCCCAUGAAGAGGGGACAGAAGAGUAAACUGAAGAAGAUCAAGGAGAAAUACAAGGACCAGGACGAAGAAGAGCGGGAGCUGAUCAUGAAGCUGCUGGGGUCUGCAGGGUCAAGCAAAGAAGAGAAGCCGAGGAAAGCCAAGAAAGGGAAGGGGGGUCCGGACUCUGGCAAGAAGCAGCCCCAGAAGCCGCGAGGGGGCCGGAGGGGAGAGGGGGUCACGAUAGAGCACGUGGCCCUCGAGUUGCAGGACGUGGCUUUGGAGGAGCACCUGGACGAGAAGGACGAGCAGGACCAGGAUCAGCUGGGGAACGAGGAAGGAGAGACGCUGUAUGAUUCUCUGACUGGGCAGCCCCACCUGGAAGACAUUCUCCUCUUCGCCAUCCCAUUCUGCGCCCCUUACACCACCAUGACCAACCACAAAUACAAAGUCAAGCUGACCCCUGGCACACAGAAGAAGGGCAAAGCUGCAAAAACGGCUCUGCACAAUUUCAUGCAGUCCAAGGAGGCGACCCCAAGAGAGAAGGAUCUCUUUCGCAGCGUCAAGGAUACAGACCUGUCCAGAAAUAUUCCGGGCAAAGUCAAGGUGUCGGCCCCCAAUCUCCUGAACUUGAAAAAGAGGUGAGGGGCCAUUGCUCACAGCACCGCCGGCCUUCGACUGCCUUCGCCCACUGCCAAGAGUGACAACUGACCUCCCUGUCUGGACUUCCUUCCAGUUUUGCAAAUACAAGUGUGACUGAUACUGAUGACUUCUGUUACUUAUUUGGCCAAAGUGAGAGCAGAACAUCCUGUUAACUUAGCUCCAGCUUUCAGAUCACAGCUAUGUGUGGAAGCGGGUUAUGGUCUACCGUAUUACCAAACUGCCCGAGUCCUUCUCAUGUUUUAGACUCCAGAUUUGAGCGUUCAUAUUGCUACAAUGUCCAGAAAGCUGCUUAUGGGACAUCUUGCUGAGAUGCUUAUUAAAGGCCUCAGUCCCCUG